CCUAUCUCUUUUGAAAAAACUUUGCCAUAAGGAAGUGUGGGCAGCCAGUGAAGCAUCUCUAUAAAGACUGUCUCAGACCCUGUGUUCCCCUGGUCCUACCCUAGUUUAUUCGGGAGGCAGUUGCUUUUCUGCUGCCCUGGGAUGGUCAGGGAGUGAGCGUCACCUUGACAAGUCAGAAUUUAUGUGCCACCCAUUGUCACCACUAGAGGGCAGCAGCCAGCCAGAUCUUUGCUAUCUUUUUCUGGUACCUUUCCAAUUCCAAGCUGUAUCUUUCUAAAUUUAAGGGGCUGACCUCCUGGUCUCUCAACCUAGGGGUGCAGAAGUAGGCGAGUAGGGAGGCACCAGAAGCUAUAGAUGGUAUUCUGUAUAGCUGCACUGAUGAAGGCCCCAACCAAAAGAUCAGAACUGGUCACCUAAACUCUAGUAGAGAUUUCAGCCUGUCCUGUUGGUGAGACCCCUGAACGAGGUAGUGCUGGAGGUAAGUCUCAUAUCUCAUGUAGAGCCCAGGGCUUGUGCUGGAGGUAAGUCUCAUAUCUCAUGUAGAGCCCAGGGCUCAGCCUCUAGACAGUGGUGAAUUAUCCAUGAGCCAAGUGCUGCACUGCUUGAGCAAUACAGCCUCUAGGAAGUGAGCUAGCCCCUCUGUUCUCUGCCUUCUUGGGUCUGAUGAACCAUGAAUGAGAUUGGGAUAAAGGUGAUUGGUAGACUAUGACAUGCUCUACUCAUGUGUGAGCAGAGGUCAUACUGGAGAAAGAGGCCCUGGACCAGCCUCUGAGAUCUACUUCUGAAGUCUCAUCCAUUUUAAGUGAGUGGCUUUUUUGUUUUGUUUUGUUUUUCAAGACAGGGUUUCUCUGUGGCUUUGGAAGCUGUCCUGGAACUAGUUCUUGUAGGCCAGGCUAAUCUCGAACUCCCAGAGAUCACCUGCCUCUGUCUCCCAAAUGUUGGAAUUAAAGGCUUGCAUCACCACCGCCAGUCAAGUGAGUGGCUUUUGAGCAUGUCCCUUAGUCUGUCUGCUGACCUGGCUGCAGGAGUGCCCUUUGGAGCUCUGGAUGACAGCUUGAGACCAGCAAAGUUUCCAGAAGUGGGUGCUCAGGAGAAUACACUGACAAUGAGUGGGUGUUUUCCAGCUGUUGGCCUCCGCUGCCUAUCUAGGGUAUGCCGUGGCCUGGCGAUGGGGGCUCCCAUCUCCCUAAGCCCCAUUGCUUCUCCUGCCGCCUGCUUGCUUCGGACUCUGGCAGAAAUCCUACCCGCUGACACGUUCUUCCCAGGGAAUUGGUCUUGGAUGUGCCAGCGAUCCUGGCUGUGGCCCGCUAACCAGACUCUCCCCGGCCGGCUCCCGCCGCGCCGCCUCUCGCUUGCCCCCUCCUCCUGCUCCUCUUCCCCCUGCUCCCAGGACGGCAGGAUGGCUGCGCCAGGCGCGCCUCGCUUCCUCCUGACCUUCGACUUCGAUGAGACUAUCGUGGACGAAAACAGUGACGACUCAAUCGUGCGCGCUGCGCCAGGCCAGCAACUCCCUGAGAGCCUGCGUGCCACCUACCGCGAGGGCUACUAUAAUGAGUACAUGCAACGCGUCUUCAAGUACCUGGGUGAGCAGGGUGUACGGCCGCGAGACCUGCGCGCUGUCUACGAAACCAUCCCCCUGUCGCCGGGCAUGGGUGAUUUGCUGCAGUUCCUAGCCAAACAGGGCUCCUGCUUCGAGGUUAUUCUCAUUUCGGAUGCCAACACCUUCGGUGUGGAGAGUGCCCUGCGUGCCGCUGGCCACCACAGCUUAUUCCGCCGCAUCUUCAGCAACCCGUCCGGCCCCGACGCUCGGGGACUGCUGACGUUGCGGCCCUUCCACACGCACAGUUGCUCGCGCUGCCCCGCCAACAUGUGCAAGCACAAGGUGCUCAGUGAAUACCUGCGUGAGCGGGCCCGCGACGGCGUGCACUUCGAGCGCCUAUUCUACGUGGGUGACGGUGCAAAUGACUUCUGCCCUAUGGGGCUGCUGGCGGGCGGGGACGUGGCCUUCCCACGGCGUGGCUACCCUAUGCACCGCCUCAUCCAGGAGGCACAGAAGGCUGAGCCCAGCUCCUUCCGCGCCCACGUGGUGCCCUGGGAAACGGCCGCAGAAGUGCGCCAACAUCUGCAACAGGUGCUGAAGAUGUGUUGAAGACCAUCACCUGCAAGGGGAACUCGGGGAGAACCGGUGGAGAAGGAGCAGGGCUGGGAAUUGGUUAAGACCCCCUGGUGUUACUCCUUCCCCUUCGCUUUGCUACGCUCCUCUGGGCGUUUCUGGAAUUCUGUCCGCUUGUGGGCUGGGAGCGGAGGUUAAGAGCCGUCCCUAUCUAUGCAGUUAUCGCAGCUCGGCUGCCUACCCUCCAGGGAGUAGUGAGCACCCCUUGGAAGGCAGGCACUGUCCCUUGAACUGAGAGGAAGGGGCUCCGGGCAGUUGGGAAAAGGAGCAUCUCCCGCUACUUUAGCUGCUGCUUCGGUUGCAUAACCUCCCCUCCCCGGUCUUCUCUCAAACGGACUCAGGAUCCCCCAGUCCGCAUGCCAGCACUGGCUUCCUCACGCAGACCUGUGAUGCUCUCGGAAGACAGUUCCUAGGCAUCUUUGAUCUUGCUUCAGCCACCGCGAUCCUACACUAGUGCCGCGCUGGCUGCGCCUCGCUUCCUUACCCCGCUCACGCCAGAUACCGGCAAAGGAAGAAUAUGCCAGGGGAGCAGCCACCUCCUACUGGUGGAACGAGGUAGAACCAACCAAUGACCUCGGAGAGUGUGACAAAUCCUCUCACUCCGACCUCGUCUACUGCAGCUAGAGACCAGGGACUUCACCAAAGUCGCCCUCCGCAUCCCCCUUCGCCCUUAUGGAACAGAAAGCCAUGUUUUUCAGCAGAGCCAGGGAAACCCAAGCCCCUCCCCCUCUAGAGUUUCAGAGCUAUAAAGGAGGUGAAGGGGGA